UCCAUACAGUUUAUUUGUUAUUGCACCUACAUCGAGUUGUAAUAAUUGUAAAGUUAUCGAAUGUAAUGCUCGAUGACAUUCCCACGAUCACAUCACAAGAUCGAAGCGUGGUUGAAAGAAAAUGUUUAGUAUAGAAUCGAUGCAAGAUAUUUUAAUUAACUUAAAUGGAGGAGAAAAUUUAUUUAAGUUGUUUGACACACAACGUCCACGCAAAAGAACAACCAAUCAAAAGUCACCUAGAGAAAAGUCUUCUUCCUUCAACAUCCAAAAGAUAUGGAUUCUACCAGGUCACAUUUUAGCAUUAUCUGGCCAACAGUUGCUGGCAUAUGAUCAACUGCCUAAAUUGGGACCUUUCUCAAUGACACAAGAAAAUUUGCUAGCAGUAUCAGACAAUUUUGAUGUAUUCGAUGUGUAUUACACUACCCAGUCCCAGCAAGAGUUUGUGUUUGUAGUGCUAAAAUCAGGAAAUGUGUUAAUUUGGGCAUUCAAAAAACCUGCAUACAAGUGGACACAUGUUUCUUCAUUUUCCUUAUGCAAAGGAAAAGGCUCACAGAUUGUCUCUAUUGUUUACAAUGAAUUUGAAAAGAUGUUCGUCUGGUGUGAAAAGAGGUCAUCAUCACAAUGUUGUGUUUGUUCCACUCAAUUGAACUUUUCGUCACACAAUGGUGUAUCAAUUACUGGGAUCUGUGCAUUGCUACACAACUGUCUUCCCAUAACAAUAUACUCGUUGUCAAUCAAUAUGUUCUGUUUUGUUCCAUUAUCUCCUGCUGGAUUGUUACUAUUCUGGUCGGUAAAUUCUCCCAGUAUGACGGUACAUAUGUGGGGUGAAAACUUCAACAGACAGAGUAUGUCAGUUACAAUGUCAGAUUUUCAAAGCAUAGUUACCACGUGCAUAUCGUUAUGGAUUAACUUGUCUGUGAAUGAGAACAGAAUUAUUGGAAUGACAACACAUCCAUCAACUAAAGAGCUUAUAGUAUUACAAAACAACUUGCAUGUUUAUCUGGUGAAAUGUAGUGACAUGAAUAAGAUAAAGUCACUGUAUAUAUCUAGUUUAGAAGUUACAAAUGAACGAGAGUACUUUGCUAAGCAAGUAAUGAAGAUUUAUUCGCUACAUCGUCUCAUUGCUGUUUUGCUAGUUGAUGGUGUGAUAAACAUAUUUGAGUUUCGUGGAGGUCUGUUUUUAUGGAAAACAGAAACAUUCAAAUCUAACUCUCCAAAAAUUUGGAUUCGGAAAGGUCCCUUUCCAGCUGUUGGUGUGUGGAAUAAAUCUGGUAUAUGGAUGCUGAGGUCAAAGUCCAUGACAGACCAAAUUUUAGAUUUUACAAAUAGCAGAAAACCUAUUGAAAGCGAUAAGGAGAAAGUGGAGAAAGUGGCAGAUGUUGACUUUGCACUCGACGUGUUUGAAGAACAAAAGAAAUCUCAUGUAAAUAAGCACAGACGCAGAAUAAAACAAGGUGAAAAUCGAAGCACUGAUAUUCCAGUCAGUUACCUUUUUCAAAUUCUUAAUCAAUGGCAGUUGACCAAUGUGUCUACGGAAAUAGCACUCUCAAUAUCUGUUAAAAUAAAAGAGUUGUUAAAAGAUGAGAAUAUUGAUGAAGAUGUCGAUUUAGAUGAACUAAUGUGUGUUUUAAGCGAAAUCAAAGACCCCGUCCUUUUAUUAGUGCUAUUUACAGAUAAAGUUAUGCCUGUUUGUGUAAAGCGAAAGCUGAUGAAGAAACUACAAGAAAGUUUGAACACAACGUCAACACGAAACAUUGAAAGCAAAGUUAUGAGCAUUUUGAAUAAAUUUAUGGAUGUUGAAAAAGAAAUAGUUAAUUGUUUUGAGUUUUCUCCUAUUGAGAAGGCUACGCAUGACAAUCAAAUGAUUAUGGAAAACGAACUUGAAAAACUUGAGAGAAUUGUAAAUAUUGAAAAGCCGGAUCUUUUAAGCAUUGAGAAAUCGCUUUUGUAUCUUAGUGAACAUGAUGAGUUGAACUUUAUCCAACAUGUCUCAUCAAUUUUGUUAUUUGAAGAAUCACAACAAAAUAAAAAAGCGUUUUCUGAAUUAUUGUGGAAAGUCACGUUGAGCCGCUACACUUCUGUAUUCAACAAAAUUUGCAUUUUGUUAUGGAAACACAGACCUGCCCUGUUACUGGAUGUUUUAAAAGUUGCCGAGGAACGCAUUGACAAUGUGAAAUCAAAUUCAAAGGAGGUUUUAAGUGUGAGUGCUUUAUUGUGCAGAGCUUUGGAACUUAUACACUUGCCAGAGAUAAAUAUGCUCGAAAAUGAUAUUAGCAAUGCGCACACAAGAAUUCAUACGUACUGUGCUUGUCUUCAAAUGAGUGGCCUGGAAACUAGUGAGGAGGAGAUGUAUGAUAUUUACAUUCAGUAUAACCUUAUCAAAGACGCAUUUGAAAUUCUACAGAAGUAUGUUGAUAACACGCAGAAACAUUACUCUAUGUUUUAUAAAUUAUUCACAUUACUGGUACGCAAUCGUCAGAUAGGUUCGUAUGUUGACCGUUUAAAGAAUGUGACACCUGAAAACUUCAAUAUGGCAGAAGUUUACAAUGUUUUAUGCAAUGAAUCAGCCGAAAUGGGUGGCGGCCCAGUUUUUGUUAAGACGUCGAAAGAUUUAAGCGUGGAAAUGUUUCAGCCAAUUCUUUCGACAAUGCUCAAAUAAAUCGUUAACUUUUUAUAGCGUGAUUGUAAUUUGACAAUGUCAAUUUUUUUAAGCUGUGAUCAUCGUAUGUUAGAAAUAUGUUAUAUCUGAGUGCAGUUAUUGAUCUGCAUUUUAAAAUUCACAGUUAAACGUAAAAAUGAUGAUAAAUACUUAUUUAUUAGGCUUUAUUUUGUUUCUGUUUGUUAAUAUACAAAUUUCUGUUGAGUUAUACUGAUGCAUCAACAAACCCAUGAUAGGUUUAUAGGUGCUAAAUUAUUGUGAUAAGCUGAAAAAGUAUUUUUGAUCCUACCUGUUGUGAUGUAUUUCAAAUGCAAAAACACAUCCUGAUUUUAUAAUAAAAUAUUUAAAAUUAAAAUCCUAGAAAAUUAAUAUAAGCCAAAUCAUUUAAAUGUUUGAAUCUGUUUAUUGAGCAGUUUUAAAGAACUAGAAAUUGAUUAUUGAAGUGUGUGUGUUAUGUGAUGUAUUUAACAUUCUGAAUUUUUCAGAUAAAGUAAGUAUACCUUAAAAUCAAGAAAAUUUGGCAAAAUCGGUUUUUCGAAUGUCAUCUAGGGCAAAACCACAGCAGAUUUUAUCUAAAAAAACUAACCGUCAAAUUUAGUUACAUUAUUGAAUUUUCUAAUGUAAUCAAUUUAGAAAAUCCUGGCUUGAUCAAUUAUCAAAUUAAAUAUGUAACUUUUUUUUAAGAACCCCUAUUCACUCGAUACACCUGUAAAUAUUUCAACAUAUCACAAAAUAUCAUGAAAAAUCUAUUAAAUUAUUUUUUGUAGUUCUUUUGUACACGAUUUGUACACAGUAGCAUAUUGUUAUUUUAUUUUUGAGAAUAAAAAAAAAAAAGAAUUGCUAUCAAGAAUAACACAAUCUUUAUAAUUUCUUCCAAAAACUGUCUCAAGGUCCAACCUUACACAUUGGCAGAUUUAAUUUUUCAUUUUUAUAUUAUGAUGAGAUUUUAAUUACUCCUUAUGACUUCCCAUAAUUUGAUAUAUGCCCAAAAGCUCUUUGUAAUGGGAGUUAGGUCUUGCUUUAUUUUUCAUUUUAUGUACAAUUUGCUGUGCGGUGAAACCAAUCAAGUUUCUAUUUUUUUUAUGUUUAAGUAUGUCAAUUUUUUUAAUCUUCAAUUUCACUUUUA